AUGCACCGAUGGAAAGGCCCUUGUGCUGCCCAGCCAGAAGCGCUACGUGAACCGGAUGACAUGUGGCACCAGUCGACACAGAGGGAGGGCGUGGUGGUGUUCGCGCUGCCUGGCGAGCGUGGAUUGGCCCCCGUGGAGGGCGACUUCUGCCUCAAAUUCAUCGACCGCAACGGGGAUUUCUACUGUUGGCUUAACACAGGCAUGAUGCCCAACCGCCUUGUCAUUCCGUGUGAAGAAUUCGACAACUUUGACAAGCGCCGUCUCCCCUCGCCCGGGCUGCAAGUGGAGGUCAUUCUGCUGGACCACGAUGCCCCCCUGCCGCAACCCACGAAGAAAACCCCCGCUACUGCUGCUGCUGCUGCUGCUGCUGGUACCACCUCAUCGGCUGCUGGUUCAUCUGCUGCUGCUGCGAGAUCAGCAGCAGCAGGGAAGGGCGCAGGAUCAGAUGCCAAGGGGAAAGGUCUGGCUUCUGCUGCAAGUGCUGCCAGUGCUGCUUCCAAGCCUGCUCCUGCUGCCACCAAGGCCUCCUCAGGCUUCUCCCUCGCAGCCUCCUUCCAAAGCUUCAUGAUGGGAGCAACAGCCAAGCCCCAGGCAACUCCCCAGCAGCAGCAACAAAAGGCAAGGCAGCAAGCACCAGCGUCGUCCUCAGCCCCAGCUGGCUCUCGAACCGCUGCUGCUGGCGGCACUGGUGCUCGUGCUGGUGCCGGUGCUGGUGCUGGUGCUGGUGGUGCUGGUGCUGGUGCAGGGGGGCCAAAACACUCACUUGAGGGCAGUAGUGGUACCGGCAAAUCAAGAAAGGCAGAGGAGGAGGAUGAUAUGCACCCAGACAUCUUCAGUGACAGCGAUGAUGAUUACGAUGAGCGAGGGGAGGAGGAGACGGAAGAGGUGGGGACUGGGCGUGGAGCAGGUGGAACAGGGAGGGUGGGGAAGGAGAGGAGGGAAACCCCUCCACUGAUCGGUCUCGAGGAGGCUCCUGGUGUUCCCUCACCUGCAGCAGGCGUGGCAGCAGCGGCAGCAGGAGGCACAGCAGCAGCAUUGGGGAGAAUUGGGUCCCCAGCAGGUUCCGGCCUGAGCCUGACCUCCCUGGGAACAGCAGCAGCUGGUGCUGCUGCCAGCCCAGCAGCGGCAGCAGGAGCAGGAGCAGCAGGAAUGGCUGGGAGAACCUCGUCGCCCCUCCGUGGCCCGUCCAACCCGGUAACCGCUGGGGCAGUGACAGGUGCAGGGGCAGGGGCAGCUAAUUCUGCUGCUGCUGCUGCAGAUUCUGCCAGUCCUGCUGUUAAAGCUGCUACUGUAGCAGUAACAGCAGCCAAGCCAGGAGCAGCGGCAGCAGGGGUGGGGGCAGGGGAGAGCAAGGAGAAGGACCUUCAGUUCUUUGGGCCGUCGAGUGACUUUGCCAUUGCUGCUGCCAGUGCUGCUGAUGCUUCAGUGUUCUCCUUUGGAGACGACGAGGAUGAUUUGGAGGACUUUUAG